CCUGAGCCUUGCGCUUGACACGUGAUGUCGUUUCCAUGGUAGCGUGGUGCUGUUGGCCAGGCGUUUCUAGUUGAUGUCGGACUUCAGCGCGAGUCGAUGACGGAGUCAUAUGAAUAGCCCAAAGAUGACCGAUGUAGCAGCAAAUUUACGCACUCUGGACUUUGAGUCAGGCCUUAGUGUCGAUGAAAGGCAGUUUUUGUUUCUGCGUGCCCGUGCUUCUGCGAAGACGAUAUGUGGCUGUGCCCAUGCCACUUUCUUCUGUAAACUCCUGCAUACAGUGAGAAAAAAGCUGUUAAAAGGCAGUGCCUCUGUAAUGUCUAAACCUUCAUCCAUGUUCUCCAGUGAUGCAGAAUGUCUAAAAGUAGGUAUUAUUGGCGGAGGUCACAUUGGAAAGCAGCUGGUUCAUGCCUUACUUGAAGUUGCAUGUCUAAAGCCAUCUGCCAUCAAUGUUUCUAGCAGGAGACCAGAAACAUUAGAAGACUUAGAGAAGCUAGAAGUGAAAUGCUUUUAUAACAAUGGACGGCUGGCUGCUUGGGCAGAUGUUCUUUUCCUCUGCUGCCUGCCAUCUCACCUGUCUCAUGUCUGUGCAGAGAUUCAACACAAGCUUAAUCGUACCUGUGUGGUGUACAGUUUUGUGUCAGCAGUGCCAGUACUGAGACUCCAGCAGUUACUGUCUCAUAAUAUGAUUUUGAGACCAGAAUACAACUUUACAAGUGAAAGCUCUGGUGAGGUCUGGUUGACCAAAUGCGGUAUUGUUGCAUCGCUGAGAGACCCUGUGGUAAUUGAGGCUACCUGCCCUUUCAGAGAAAACUCAGGAAUUUCUCUAUCUAAAAAGUGGCCCGAGGCUGUUUUAUACUCUCUAUUAAAUAUGUGCACUGCAAUGCAUUUGGCCUCCAAGCAGACUAUUAGCAUCAUUAAUGAGUUGCUGCUUCUGCAAGGAACAUCUGCAGUAUAUGACACCGAGCAAGUCUUCCAGUUCAAAACGCAGAGCUUUGUCAGCACAUCCUUUGCUUCUGGUCUGUCUGAUACAGAGUCUUUUCCCUGGUUAAGUCUGGUAGAAGUGCAGAAGAAGGAAACUCCCCUGUCAAAAACUCUUUCAGAUGAAUAUUUGCAAAGACACCUCUCAACAGUGUACUUUGCAGCUCUUGGAGUCCCAGAAGCUGAAAGGAAAGAGGAGUACAGAGAAAAUCAGAAAGCUAUCAGGUGGAGUCCUGAGUAAUGUUUCUGUAAUUCAUAUACAUUUCAUCUAAGUAUAUUUUAAACUAUUCAUCCUUGUCUACCAUCUGCACCCGAAGAGUUAACAAAAUAAAAGUCACUGAAAUGUCUUAAGAGUAUGAUUGCUCU